AUGAACAAAGCUCGCAACAAUAAAAUUGUUGAAUUAACUGCUGAAUUGGAUAAAUUAAAUAAAGGAAACAAGCAAAUUUUAUACGUGAAGAGUCCAAAUAAAAUGAGCACAAUUAAAAAUCAAAAUUCUUGUUGUGAAAAUAAAUGUAUUAAUUCUAAUUUAUCUAGCGGUAUCUGCAGUAAAGGAAAUGGAUAUGUUAAUGUUUAUGAAAAUGGAUUGAUAAAAUAUAACAAUGAAUUGACAAAUGAUGUGAGAAUUGUAGGAGAAAAUAAAUGGAUUUUUUUAUAUGGACAGCAUCCAUACUCAAAAGCAUCGGGUUAUGACAGUAAUUAUUCUCUGUUUUAUUUUGAAGUGAAAAUAUUUAAAGAAUUAAAUUCAGAAAUUUCUUAUGCUGGUAUUGGGUUUGAUGUUCCUAAUGUAAAAAUAUUUUUGAGUGAUUCUACCCAUUAUUGGGCAGAAUAUCAAAGAUUUGGAUGGGUAGAUGGAGAUGUUUUUGGGUGUGGAAUUGUGUUUCCUCCAAAGAAUGAUUUGAAAACAAAGGCUUAUGUAUUUUUUACUAAAAAUGGAAAUAAAAUUGGUGAGGAGAAAAUUAAAUUUUUGUUUUAAA